AUGAUUCCUGAAGCUCUUUCAAAUUUUUAUUUCCGCUUAGAUGAAUUCGAGAAGAAACUCGAGAUUCAGGCUGGCGGUUUUGGGGAAGUCUCCUACAAUAAGUUGAACAACCAAGAUGUAGCCAUAAAAAUGAUGAAAGAUCCGGAGGAGAUUCUCGAGGAAGCAAAUAAGCAUAAACAUGUCAAAGAUUGCAAGUUUAUUGUUGAGAUACUCGGAAUCAUUUUUGAUGAGGCUGAUUCGCCGAAAGGUUUGGCACUUGAGUUGUGCUAUUUGGGAACGCUUUAUCAAGUGAUUAUGGGCUGGGAAGUGCACACACUUUACAACAUCGCUCAUAUCGUCGUUUGGAUGGAGCAAUUGGCUUCGGUGUUGCUCUACUUGAAAGAGAAAAAGCUCGUUCAUCGGGAUCUCAAGCCUCUCAAGAGAGAUCAGGAAAAA